GGGGGAGUGUGUUCCGACUCCUCUGCAAGUUAAAGACUGGUAGCGAGACGCUGAUUAAGGUCGCGGGGGUUCAUUUUUUCUUUUUUUCCCGCCUCGCCAUGGAUCAGCCAGCCAGCAGCUGCAUGCGCAGCGCCCACCCCAGCAGCCCCAUCUGGGGCUGCAUGAGGAACCCCCACUCGGGGGCCAGCCUGCAGUCGCCGUACCAGCAGGCCCCUUUCGCCCUCCACCAGAAGCCCGACUUCCUGGCCUACACGGACUUCUCCAGCUCCUGCCUGGUGCCGGCGGCGGCGCCGCACGCCGCCUACCCGCGCGACGACAGGCAGUACCAGGAGAGCCCGGGCGCCUACCAGAGGGCCGAGUGGCAGUUCAACCCUUGCGAGGCGCGGGCCAGGGCGCCCGAGGCCUGCCCGGCCAUCGUGGCGCCCGCCGGCGGCGGCGGCGCGGGGUCCGAGCUGGACGGCGCGGUGGGGGACAGGCCCCCGGGGGCCGGGCCGGGCGGCCUGGAUGGAGACUACUCGCCUCGGAGCGCGGCGUCGGCCGACUCCGACAAGAAGGGCUCCAGCAAGAGGAAGAGGGACGUCGCAGAUAUCCAGGACUCCAGUUUUAAGGCGGACUCCAGCUGCAAGGCCCGGAAAGAGCGCACGGCGUUCACCAAGGAGCAGCUGAGGGAGCUGGAGGCCGAGUUCACCCACCACAACUACCUGACCCGGCUGCGGCGCUACGAGAUCGCCGUCAACCUGGACCUCACAGAGAGACAGGUGAAAGUGUGGUUCCAGAACCGGCGGAUGAAGUGGAAGAGAGUGAAGGGAGGCCAGUCGUCUUCGCCCAACGACCCGGAGAACGACGACGUCGACUCGGCGGCUUCGCCCAGCUCCGAAUGAACGGAGAGAGAGAAACGGUGUAAUGAAAAAGAUGACGACGAGACACGAGAGGCUCGCGUAUAACUGGACUCGAGGCGCAGCAGGAAGCGCCCUUCGCUCACUGUGGGGAAGCAGAGGACGAGCAUCUUCUCUGCCAUUGAUUGUAAAUAGUGGCUUUUUGUCCACAAUGAACUGCCCUUCGAUACACUUUUUUUUGAUAAAUACUCCGCGCACGAGGCCGCCUCUUGUCGCAUUGACUGUGUGUGUUUUUUUUUAUCGUGGUCAUUGUAGAGCCGCCUUGAGGCCGUGGUGUGAUGGUGUGUGAGAGCGUCGUUGGUUCCAAUAUUGUAAUCUUGGCCUUUUGACUGGGAAAACUCAGACUGCACAAGUGUUGCCAAGCCACAAGUGCCCCAGAGACCUUUGCUUCAUUGUCAGUUUCUUCUUACCUAGAAUAUCGUUUUGUUUUCUAAUCUGUCAAGCUAUUUUUUUGUCAUCACUAUUCUUUUUUUUUUUUAUACAUGUUGAAUGUUAUUGAUAAAAAACACAGAUGUCGCCUGUUCCUGCAAAUAGAAUAAAUCAUCUGCCGCAUAACGAUGGGGAAAAUGUAUCCCGAUGAGUUCUUCCACCCUGCAACAACAACAGGUGCUACCAAGGCGACAAACCAGGAGACAAACUGACGUCAAAGCAAUAAAUCCUGAAUAUGC